CGCACAAGAAAGAGUUUUUUUACGUGUCAUCAUGAUGUGUAAACUGUUUCUGUUUUUUGCUCUGCUUCUUAUCAUCCUUGAACCUCUGCUGGGGCAUCCGGGUGUCCAUCCGGCAGAGAUGACCUACGCCAGGCCUGUGCUUAUAGAAGAGGAGCAGGCGGUCAAUCCAGAAGACCUGAGUUACUCGGAACAAGCGUAUCUGUCCCAGAGUGCCGCAGGAUUCGGUUACCCGUCCCUCAUCACUGGAGACAUCAGCAGUGAUGGCCUCAGAACAGCUGGAUUUGUCCCGAGUCAAGCUGUAAAAGAAGUCUUGCUGGAAAAGCCGCUGUUGAGUCGUUUCCUGGGCGGCAGGAAGCAGUACCGCAAGCGAGGCAGCAACACAGAGUGCUUUUGGAAAUACUGUGUCUAAAUAAACACUUACAUGCUCCUGCAUAGCUGAGUGUUCUCAUGCGCUUUACGUGUAAUUUUCAACACUCGUGCACAAACUUUGUGGCCCUGAUGCACUAAAUUUGCAAAAAAAUAUAUUUAUGUUUGUAGGAAUAAUAGCUGAUAAUUUAUUUGUACAUACCUGCUGUUUAGCUUUGAUGUAAAUAAAGUAAAUAUGUUUGAGAAAACAGGGUUUGGAUAUUGUCGUGUACACAUGAAAUACAACAAAAUACAAAAGUAGAUGAAUACUGAGAAAUAUGAGGUCAUACUUCAUAUCGAAGUCAUUGAGUUUUUUUUUUAUUUUUUAUUCAUAGUUAUGUGGUCAAAAUAUUUCCCUGAAUUUGAGACAAAAUGGCUUUUUUCAUACAGUUCAUUUGUAUUUUGCACCUUUCUUUUGUAAAAUACAUUUUACUGAUAUUUACAUUUGUUUUCUUUCUAAAAACUGUACAAAAUUUAUCUUUGAUCACAAAACUGUACAAAUCAGAAGUUUGCUGUUGGGUACGGACUGACGGGUUAACAAUCGGGCCUCUGGCAACUCUCUGUUACUGCAACAACAUAAAAAUCAUAAAGGAACUACGUCUAAUGUGACAUCAGGAACAGCACAGGAAACACGCUCACAAUGACACACGUCAGCUCUGACAUAGAUACAACAGAUCAAUAAAUUAAAAAAAGACAAGAUGACAAAAAUGAG